UCGAAUAGAUCGUCAUGAGUUUAGCUGGUAAAGUUGUGAUUGUAACCGGCGCAAGUUCGGGCAUCGGUGCUGCGACGGCGGAGGCUUUUGCCAAACAGGGUUCCAAAGUGGUGCUCGUAGGACGAAAUGAAGCAAAUCUCAAGGCUACUGAAGCGGCCUGUAAAGCUGCCAACAGCAAAGCCGAGCUGUUCUCCAUCAUUGCUGAUGUCACAGUUGAUGCGGAGCGCAUAGUAAACUCGACAAUUGACAAGUUCGGACAGCUGGAUGUGUUGGUGAAUAAUGCCGGUGUGGAUGGAAAGGGUUCAAUACUGGAUGUUGGCGUCGAACAAUUUGAUAGAAUUUUCAAUACAAAUGUGCGUGCCGUCUUCCUUUUAACUAAAUAUGCCGCACCACAUCUCGUGAAGACCCAAGGAAAUAUUGUGAAUAUUUCCAGCGUUACAGGAUUGCGCUCAUUUGCAAAUGGCUCGGUCUAUUGCACUUCCAAAGCUGCCGUGGAUCAAUUCACCAGAUGUAUCGCCUUGGACUUGGCACCAAUGAAUGUGCGUGUCAACGCAGUCAAUCCCGGCGUUGUUAUUACAGAUAUUCAUAAACGUUUGGGCAUGUCGGAGGAGCAAUAUGCUAAAUUUUUGGAACAUUCGAAGUCCACACAUGCGCUGGGCCGCGUCGGCGAUGCAAAGGAAGUGGCCGAUGCCAUUAUUUUCUUAGCCAGUGACAGUUCGAGCUUUAUAACGGGCGCAAAUCUGCCGAUCGAUGGCGGUAGACAAUUAAUGUGUCCACGAUGAUUGACAAUUGAAAUGUUAUUUAUGAAAAAAUAGUAAUAAUAAAUUAA